AUGUCCGGCAGCUCCCCGAGCCCGGGGGCCCCCGGGGGGCCCUCUCCCAAGGCAGCAGCAGCAGCAGCAGCAACAGAAGCAGCAGCAGCAGCAGCAGCAGAAGACAAAACAACUGCAACGACAGCAGCAGCAGCAGCAGAGCCAGCAGCAGCAGCAGCACCAGGAGCAGCAGCAGCAGAACCAGCAGCAGCAGGAGAACCAGCAGCAGCAGCAGAACCAGCAGCAGCAGCAGCAGGGCCAGCAGCAGCAGCAAAACCAGCAGCAGCAGCAGCAGCAAAACCAGCAGCAGCAGCAGCAGCAACAGCAGAAGCAGCAGUUGCUGCUUUUCAGCAGGAGAACCAGCAGCAGCAGCAGAACCAGCAGCAGCAGCAGCAGGGCCAGCAGCAGCAGCAAAACCAGCAGCAGCAGCAGCAGCAAAACCAGCAGCAGCAGCAGCAGCAACAGCAGAAGCAGCAGUUGCUGCUUUUCAUAAAGCUAAGGCCCAAAGCAGCAGCAGCAGCAGCAACUGCAGCAGCAGCAGCAGCAGCAGCAGCAGCAGGGGGAGCUGCGGAGCCGGCAGCAGCAGCAGCGGCGGGAGCAGCAGAGCCCGCAGCAGCAGCAGCGGCAGAAAACGCAGCAGCAGCAGCAGCAGCAGCAGGAAACGCAGCAGCAGCAGCAACAGGAAACGCAGCAGCAGCAGCAGAAAACGCAGCAGCAGCAGCAGCGGAAGACGCAGCAGCAGCAGCAGCAGCAGAGCCAAGCAGGAAGAGACAGAGAGAGCAGGAGGAGAGCGAUCAUACAGAGACAGCAGCAGCUGCUGCUGCUGCUGCUGCACCUGCUGCUGCUGCUGCUGCUGCUGCUGCACCUGCUGCUGCUGCUGCAGCAACAACCAAAAAGCCGCGAGUUGUGAUAAGGGCCGACUUGGAGGCAAAAACCGCGCGGGGCGAAAGUGUUUUGGACUUUGUGGAACCUGAAGUGGCGCAGCUGCUGCAGGCAGCAGCAGCAGCAGCACUGGACAGAAGGCCCAAAGCAGCAGCAGCAGCAGCAACUGCAGCAGCAGCAGCAGCAGCAGCAGCUGCAGCUGCAGCAGGGGGAGCUGCGGAGCCGGCAGCAGCAGCAGCGGCGGGAGCAGCAGAGCCCGCAGCAGCAGCAGCGGCAGAAAACGCAGCAGCAGCAGCAGCAGGAAGCGCAGCAGCAGCAGCAGAAAACGCAGCAGCAGCAGCAGCAGCAGCAGCGGAAGACGCAGCAGCAGCAGCAGCAGCAGAGCAAAGCAGGAAGAGACAGAGAGAGCAGGAGAACAGAGAUCAUGCAGAGACAGCAGCAGCAGCAGCUGCUGCUGCUGCAACUGCUGCUGCUGCUGCUGCACCUGCUGCUGCUGCUGCUGCACCUGCUGCUGCUGCUGCAGCAACAGCCAAAAAGCCGCGAGUUGUGAUAAGUGCAAUUCAGGAAGAAGAAGAGGAAAGAGACAUUUAG